GGCAUCAGAAGCAAUCAACCAGUCAUCGCCAAACCAAAUCCAAGCGACAAAGAAAUCUCCCUCUACUCCUUCACUCAAUCGGUGAGGUCGCCGGGAAAAUCACGGGCGAUGAGCAGCGGCAAGCAGUUUCAGUCGCCGCCGUCUUCCGCUUUCUGCUCGUUUCGGCGUUCUCUUCUCACUCUCGCCGUCCUUAGCUUAAUCUCCUUCAUCUGUUUCUCCCUCAAAUCCCUCAAAUCCCCUCUCCAGAACCCGAGCCCCACAACUUUGGUUUCUGCGAAAGUGGAAACGGAGAAUGUGGCCGAGGAAGAGAAGAAGGACGAGAUUUCCGGCGUGUUCCACUCACCGGAGGUUUUCCGAUUGAACUACGGGGAGAUGGAGAGGAAAUUCAAGGUGUAUAUAUAUCCCGACGGAGAUCCGAAUACCUUUUAUCAGACGCCGAGGAAGCUCACGGGGAAGUACGCGGGCGAGGGGUAUUUCUUCCAGAACAUUCGAGAGAGCCGAUUCCGCACCGAGGAUCCGGAUCAAGCCGACCUAUUCUUCAUUCCCAUCUCCUGCCAUAAAAUGCGGGGCAAGGGAACAUCUUAUGAGAAUAUGACUUUAAUUGUCCAGAGUUAUGUGGAGGGAUUAAUCUCCAAAUAUCCUUACUGGAAUAGAACCUUAGGUGCAGAUCAUUUUUUUGUCACUUGUCAUGAUGUUGGUGUGAGGGCGACUGAAGGUCUUCCACUUCUCGUAAAGAAUUCAAUCCGAGUUGUAUGCUCUCCAAGUUAUGAUGUCGGGUUUAUUCCACAUAAAGAUGUUGCUCUGCCUCAAGUAUUGCAGCCAUUUGCUCUUCCAGCUGGAGGGAAUGAUGUGGAGAAUAGGACAAUGCUUGGUUUUUGGGCUGGUCAUCGGAACUCUAAAAUUCGUGUUAUACUGGCACGAGUUUGGGAAAAUGACACAGACCUUUAUGUAUUGAACAACAGAAUCAACAGAGCUACUGGGGAUUUGUUGUACCAAAAGAGAUUUUACAUCACUAAGUAUUGCAUAUGCCCCGGUGGUUCCCAGGUGAACAGUGCUCGGAUAGCUGACUCAAUACAUUAUGGGUGUAUUCCUGUCAUAUUAUCAAAUUAUUAUGACCUGCCAUUCAACGACAUUCUUGAUUGGCGAAAAUUCUCCAUCAUAGUCAAGGAGAGUGAUGUCUAUCAGCUUAAACAAAUUCUGCAGAACAUACCUGACGAGGAGUUUCUUGCACUUCAUAGAAACUUGAUUAAGGUCCAGAGGCAUUUUCAAUGGAACUCACCUCCCACCAAAUAUGAUGCAUUUCAUAUGGUAAUGUAUGAACUUUGGUUACGUCAUCAUGUUAUCCAAUACUAGAUAUGGUUCCUGUCAACUCUUUAUAUACCCUUGUAGCAUAGCAACCCAAAAUCCUGUAACAUGUGUUAAUUUCGUUUAUCCUCCAUGUCCUUUUGACAGAGAAAAUUAAAGAUAAAAGUAACCAAAAA